AUGUUGAAGUUCAAGUACGGGGGCGCCCGGAACCCCCCGGAUGCUGGUGCCGCCGAGCCCAUUGCCAGUCGGGCCUCCAGGCUGAACCUUCUCUUUCAGGGGAAACCACCCUUCCUGACUCAACAGCAGAUGUCUCCUCUUUCCCGGGAAGGGAUACUGGAUGCCCUCUUUGUUCUCUUCGAAGAAUGCAGUCAGCCUGCUCUGAUGAAGAUCAAACACGUGAGCAACUUUGUCCGGAAGUAUGCCGACACCAUUGCGGAGCUCCAGCAGCUGCAGCCGGCAGCCAAGGACUUUGAGGUUCGAAGCCUUGUUGGCUCUGGUCACUUUGCUGAGGUGCACGUGGUCAGAGAGCGCGCGACGGGGGACAUCUACGCCAUGAAGGUCAUGAAGAAGAAGGCCUUGCUGGCCCAGGAGCAGGUCUCAUUUUUUGAGGAGGAGAGAAACAUCCUGUCUCAGAGUGCCAGCCCGUGGAUCCCCCAGCUGCAGUAUGCCUUCCAAGACACAGAUAACCUGUACCUGGUCAUGGAAUAUCAGCCUGGCGGGGACUUGCUGUCACUGCUGAACAGAUAUGAGGAGCAGUUAGAUGAAAGUAUGAUUCAGUUUUACCUGGCUGAACUGAUUUUGGCCGUCCACAGUGUCCACCAGAUGGGCUAUGUUCACCGGGACAUCAAACCCGAGAACAUUCUCAUUGACCGCACAGGACACCUCAAGCUGGUGGACUUCGGAUCUGCUGCUAAAAUGAAUUCGGAUAAAAUGGUGAACUCCAGGCUCCCGAUUGGGACCCCCGAUUACAUGGCCCCUGAGGUGCUGACCGUGAUGAACGGGGACGGAAGAGGAGCCUAUGGCCCGGACUGCGACUGGUGGGCCGUGGGCGUGAUCACCUAUGAAAUGAUUUACGGGCGCUCCCCGUUCACCGAGGGCACCUCUGCCCGCACCUUCAACAACAUCAUGAACUUCCAGCCGGCUGCAGCCCCGGGAGCCCACGGCGACAGCGGGCAGCCCACUGGUGACGGGCAAGUGUGCAGCGCUGGCCGCCCGCGGGAGCUUAGUGGGGCUGCGGGCAGCGGAGCCAGCGUGCGCCGCCCCUGGCCGGGAGUCGCGCCUGACCGAGCUCCUCCCCCCUUCGUUCCCACCCUCAAGUCUGAUGAUGACACCUCCAAUUUUGAUGAACCAGAGAAGAAUUCGUGGGUUCCAUCCUCUGCGAGCCAGCUGAGCCCCUCCGGCUUCUCGGGCGCGGGACUGCCGUUCCUGGGCUUCUCCUACAGCAGGGCGCUGGGGGUUCUCGGUCGAUCUGAGUCAGCUGUGUCGGGCCUGGACUCCCCUGCCAAGACUAGCUCCAUGGAAAAGAAACUCCUCAUCAAAAGCAAAGAGCUGCAAGACUCCCAGGACAAGUGCCACAAGAUGGAGCAGGAAAUGACCCGGUUACAUCGGCGCGUGUCAGAGGUGGAGGCUGUCCUUAGUCAGAAGGAGGUGGAGCUGAAGGCCUCCGAGACUCAGCGGUCCCUCCUGGAGCAGGACCUGGCCACCUACAUCACAGAAUGCAGUAGCUUAAAGCGAAGUCUGGAGCAAGCGCGGAUGGAGGUGUCCCAGGAGGACGACAAAGCGCUGCAGCUUCUCCACGAUAUCAGAGAGCAGAGCCGGAAGCUCCAGGAGAUCAAAGAGCAGGAGUACCAGGCUCAGGUGGAAGAAAUGAGGUUGAUGAUGAAUCAGUUGGAGGAGGACCUCGUCUCUGCCAGACGACGGAGCGACCUCUACGAGUCCGAGCUCAGAGAGUCUCGGCUGGCAGCUGAAGAGUUCAAAAGGAAGGCUACGGAGUGUCAGCACAAACUGCUGAAGGCGAAGGAUCCGGGGAAGCCUGAAGUCGGGGAAUUUUCCAAACUGGAGAAGAUCAAUGCGGAGCAGCAGCUCAAAAUUCAGGAGCUCCAAGAGAAACUGGAAAAGGCUGUCAAAGCCAGCACGGAGGCCACCGAGCUGCUGCAGAACAUCCGCCAGGCCAAGGAGCGCGCCGAGCGCGAGCUGGAACGGCUGCAGACGCGGGAGGACUCGUCCGAAGGCAUCAAAAAGAAGCUGAUGGAAGCGGAGGAACGCCGCCAUUCCCUGGAGAACAAGGUAAAGAGGCUAGAGACCGUGGAGCGUAGAGAAAACAGACUGAAGGAUGACAUCCAGACAAAAUCCCAACAGAUCCAGCAGAUGGCUGAUAAAAUUCUGGAGCUGGAGGAGAAGCACCGGGAGGCCCAGGUCUCAGCCCAGCACCUCGAGGUGCACCUGAAGCAGAAAGAGCAGCACUAUGAGGAGAAAAUUAAAGUGCUGGACAAUCAGAUCAAGAAAGACCUGGCGGAUAAGGAGACCCUGGAGAACAUGAUGCAGAGACACGAAGAGGAGGCCCACGAGAAAGGCAAAAUCCUCAGCGAGCAGAAGGCGAUGAUCAACGCCAUGGACUCCAAGAUCAGGUCGCUGGAGCAGAGGAUCGUGGAGCUGUCCGAGGCCAACAAGCUGGCGGCCAACAGCAGUCUGUUCACCCAGAGGAACAUGAAGGCCCAGGAAGAGAUGAUUUCCGAACUCCGACAACAGAAGUUUUACCUGGAGACUCAGGCGGGGAAGCUGGAGGCCCAGAACCGGAAGCUGGAGGAACAGCUGGAGAAGAUGAGCCACCAGGACCACACUGACAAGAGUCGGCUGCUCGAGCUGGAGACCAGGCUGCGAGAGGUGAGCCUUGAGCACGAGGAGCAGAAGCUGGAGCUGAAGCGGCAGCUCACGGAGUUGCAGCUCUCGCUGCAGGAGCGCGAGUCCCAGCUGACGGCCCUGCAGGCGGCCCGCGCGGCCCUGGAGAGCCAGCUGCGCCAGGCCAAGACGGAGCUGGAGGAGACGACCGCCGAGGCCGAGGAGGAGAUCCAGGCCCUCACGGCACAUAGAGAUGAAAUCCAGCGCAAAUUCGAUGCCCUUCGUAACAGCUGCACUGUCAUCACGGACCUGGAGGAGCAGCUGAACCGGCUGACCGAGGACAACGCCGAGCUCAACAACCAGAACUUCUACUUGUCCAAACAACUCGACGAGGCCUCGGGCGCCAGCGACGAGCUGGUGCAGCUGCGGAGCGAGGUGGACCACCUCCGCCGAGAGAUCUCGGAGCGGGAGAUGCAGCUCACCAGCCAGAAGCAAACGAUGGAGGCGCUGAAGACCACCUGCACCAUGCUGGAGGAGCAGGUCAUGGACCUGGAGGCCCUCAACGACGAGCUGCUGGAGAAGGAGCGCCAGUGGGAGGCCUGGAGGAGCGUCCUCGGCGACGAGAAGUCCCAGUUCGAGUGCCGCGUGCGGGAGCUGCAGCGGAUGCUGGACACCGAGAAGCAGAGCAGGGCGCGCGCCGACCAGCGGAUCACCGAGUCCCGCCAGGUCGUGGAGCUGGCGGUGAAGGAGCACAAGGCGGAGAUUCUCGCCCUGCAGCAGGCGCUCAAGGAGCAGAAGCUGAAAGCCGAGAGCCUCUCGGACAAGCUCAAUGACCUGGAGAAGAAACAUGCCAUGCUCGAGAUGAACGCCCGGAGUUUGCAGCAGAAACUGGAGACGGAACGCGAGCUCAAGCAGAGACUGCUGGAAGAGCAAGCCAAACUGCAGCAGCAGAUGGACCUGCAGAAGAACCACAUUUUCCGCCUGACGCAAGGGCUGCAGGAAGCUCUCGAUCGGGCCGAUCUGCUGAAGACGGAAAGGAGUGACCUGGAGUAUCAGCUUGAGAAUAUCCAGGUUCUCUAUUCUCACGAAAAGGUGAAAAUGGAAGGCACCAUUUCCCAGCAAACCAAACUCAUCGAUUUCUUGCAAGCCAAAAUGGACCAACCUGCCAAAAAGAAAAAGGUUCCUCUGCAGUACAAUGAGCUGAAGGCGGCGCUGGAGAAGGAGAAAGCCCGCUGCGCCGAGCUGGAGGAAGCCCUCCAGAAGACCCGCAUCGAGCUCCGCUCCGCGCGCGAGGAAGCUGCCCACCGGAAAGCCGUGGACCACCCGCACCCGUCGACACCGGCCACCGCCAGGCAGCAGAUUGCCAUGUCGGCGAUCGUGCGGUCCCCCGAGCACCAGCCCAGUGCCAUGAGCCUGCUGGCCCCGCCCUCCAGCCGCAGGAAGGAGUCCUCCACCCCCGAGGAAUUCAGCCGGCGUCUGAAAGAGCGCAUGCACCACAACAUCCCUCACCGGUUCAACGUGGGACUGAACAUGCGUGCCACCAAGUGCGCUGUGUGCCUGGACACGGUGCACUUUGGACGCCAGGCCUCCAAAUGCCUCGAGUGCCAGGUGAUGUGCCACCCCAAGUGUUCCACGUGCUUGCCCGCCACCUGCGGGCUGCCGGCCGAGUACGCCACGCACUUCACCGAGGCCUUCUGCCGUGACAAGAUGAACUCCCCGGGCCUCCAGAGCAAGGAUCCCGGCAGCAGCUUGCACCUGGAAGGGUGGAUGAAGGUGCCCAGGAAUAACAAACGAGGGCAGCAAGGCUGGGACCGGAAGUACAUCGUUCUGGAGGGAUCGAAGGUCCUCAUCUACGACAACGAGGCCAGAGAAGCUGGACAGAGGCCGGUGGAGGAAUUUGAGCUGUGCCUUCCCGACGGGGAUGUCUCCAUCCACGGCGCCGUUGGUGCUUCCGAGCUCGCAAACACAGCCAAAGCAGACGUCCCCUACAUUCUGAAGAUGGAGUCGCACCCGCACACCACCUGCUGGCCUGGGAGGUCCCUCUACCUGCUCGCGCCCAGCUUCCCCGACAAGCAGCGCUGGGUCAGCGCCCUGGAGUCUGUGGUCGCGGGUGGGAGAGUGUCCAGGGAAAAGGCAGAAGCUGACGCGAAACUGCUUGGAAACUCUCUGCUAAAGCUGGAAGGCGACGACCGCCUGGACAUGAACUGCACGCUGCCCUUCAGUGACCAGGUGGUGCUGGUGGGCACCGAGGAAGGGCUGUACGCACUGAAUGUCUUGAAAAACGCCCUCACCCACGUCCCCGGCAUCGGAGCGGUCUUCCAGAUCUACAUCAUCAAGGACCUGGAGAAGCUGCUCAUGAUAGCAGGCGAAGAGCGGGCCCUGUGCCUCGUGGAUGUGAAGAAGGUGAAGCAGUCCCUGGCGCAGUCGCACCUGCCCGCCCAGCCCGACGUCUCGCCCAACGUCUUCGAGGCUGUCAAGGGCUGCCACCUGUUUGCCGCCGGCAAGAUUGAGAACGGGCUCUGCAUCUGCGCCGCCAUGCCCAACAAGGUCGUCAUCCUCCGCUACAACGAGAACCUCAGCAAGUACUGCAUCCGGAAAGAGAUCGAGACCUCGGAGCCCUGCAGCUGCAUCCACUUCACCAGUUACAGCAUCCUCAUCGGGACCAACAAGUUCUACGAGAUCGACAUGAAGCAGUACACGCUGGAGGAGUUCCUGGACAAGAACGACCACUCCUUGGCGGCCGCCGUGUUCGCCUCGUCUUCCAACAGCUUCCCGGUGGCCAUCGUGCAGGUGAACGGCGCGGGGCAGCGGGAGGAGUACCUGCUCUGCUUCCACGAAUUCGGGGUAUUUGUGGAUUCUUACGGAAGACGCAGCCGCACUGACGAUCUCAAGUGGAGUCGCUUACCUUUGGCCUUUGCCUACCGGGAGCCCUACCUGUUUGUGACCCACUUCAACUCCCUGGAGGUCAUUGAGAUCCAGGCCCGCUCCUCUCUGGGGACCCCCGCCCGAGCGUACCUGGAAAUCCCCAACCCGCGCUACCUGGGCCCCGCGAUUUCCUCGGGCGCCAUCUACCUGGCGUCCUCGUACCAGGACAAGCUGAGGAUCAUCUGCUGCAAAGGCAACCUCGUGAAGGAGUCGGGCACCGACCACCACCGGGGCCCCUCCACCUCCCGCAGCCCCAACAAGCGAGGCCCACCCACCUACAAUGAGCACAUCACCAAGCGAGUGGCCUCCAGCCCGGCGCCCCCCGAAGGCCCCGGCCACCCGCGAGAGCCAAGCACACCCCACCGCUACCGCGAGGGACGGACGGAGCUGCGCAGGGACAAGUCCCCCGGGCGGCCCCUGGAGCGCGAGAAGUCUCCGGGCCGGGUGCUGAGCACGCGGAGGGAGCGCUCCCCCGGGAGGCUGUUCGAGGACAGCAGCCGGGGCCGGCUGCCCGUGGGCGCCGUGAGGACCCCCCUGUCCCAGGUCAACAAGGUCUGGGAUCAGUCUUCUGUGUAACCCUUCGCCAGAGACCAACUCCUCAUCUCCGUCCGCGGGAACACACUGAACCACUCGGGAACUCUGCUGAAGGGGAGCCCAGCGCCCACCUGCCCAGCUGCCCCGUGGCACGGCUGGACCCCGAGCCAGCUCGGCCCGGGCACCCCUGCGUCAGGAGGGGCGGGGGGCUGAGCCCCGAGGAGGCUUCCUGCAGCUCUCCUUCGCACUCUGUUCCUCUUUCCAAGCGUUCAUGGACUUUGUCCCUCGCCCCAGCGCCCCCACCCCCACGCCCGUCCGUGGGGGGGGGGGGGGCGGCGAGCCAGCCCGCGCCGCUGACCACAGGGUCAGGCUCCCACGCGGGGCGACGGCGGCCCUGCGCCCGGCUGCUGCUGCUGCUGCUGCUUUCAGCGCGGGGUUCCUCCUUUCUCCCCUUUUUCUUUUUGAAAAGACCACAGACUUCUCUUGGCGUGACUCGCCCCGA